CCGGACGGGACACGCCUGUCAUGUUGGCCGGGCUGCUCUUGGGGGCUGCCUGUGUGUCCCUGGUCCUCCCGGGCAGCGCCUAUCCCGGCAGGAAGAAGCCGCACAGCUUUGCCGCGGACAGGCACCGUGUGGGGCCGCAUGUUUGCCUCUCUGGCUUUGGGAGUGGAUGCUGCCCCGGGUGGAUGCCAUCCCCAGCCAGCGGGCAGUGCACUCUGCCACUCUGCUCCUUCGGCUGUGGCAGUGGCUGGUGCAUUGCCCCCAACGUCUGCUCCUGCCGGGAUGGAGAGCAGGGCAUCACCUGCCCAGAUCCACCUAGUGCCUGCGGGGAGUACGGCUGUGACCUCGCUUGUAACCAUGGCGGCUGCCAGGAGGUGGCCCGUGUCUGCCCGCUGGGUUUCUCCAUGGUGGAGACUGCCAACGGCGUGCGCUGUACAGACAUCGACGAGUGCCUGAGCGCCUCCUGUGAGGGGCUGUGCGUCAACACCGAGGGAGGCUUUGUGUGUGAGUGCGGCCCAGGCAUGCGGCUUUCUGCCGACCGGCACAGCUGCCAGGAUACGGACGAGUGUCUGGCCACUCCGUGCCAGCACCGAUGCAAGAACAGCAUCGGCAGCUACCGGUGCUUCUGUCGCCCCGGCUACCACCUGCAUGGCAACCAGCACUCCUGCCUGGAUGUGAAUGAGUGCCGCCGGCCCAGCGAGAGGCGCCCGUGCCAGCACGCCUGCCACAACACACCAGGCAGCUUCCUGUGCACCUGCCACCCUGGUUACCGGCUCAGCGGGGACAGGGUGUCCUGUGAAGGCUUCCUGAAAACCAUCCCGGCCCCAUCUCCCAUCCUGCAGUCCCUGCAGCACCCCCCAACUCUGCUGCUGCUCCCUCCCGACUCUGGGGGACCCCUGCUAGCCCCCAGGGCCUCCCCUCCUUCACAAGCCCCUGCCCCCGACCGCAGCCCCCAGACCCCUUCCUUGCUGACUGCCCCACCACCCAUAUCCCCCUUGCUCCCGGCUGCCACCGCUGCCCCUGGCGCAUUCUCCCCACUGCCGCCAUCGCUGCUCCAAGGGAAAGUCCCAUCGCCCUCGCCUCGUCCCUCUGCUUCUCUGCCGCCCGCCCUUGCCACCUCGCCUCCCCUCUGCUGGCACCAGGGGGCACCGCGGGAGCACAGCAGCCAUUGGACGGAGCCUGGGUGUCUGCACUGUGCCUGCGAGGGGGGCCAAGUGGUGUGUGAGGCGGAGAGCUGCAGGAUUGCCUGUUCCCACCCGCUGCCCCCAAAGGAUGGGGGGUGCUGCCCCAGCUGCACAGGCUGUUGGCACGAGGGGGUCGCCCGGGCUGAGGGGGAUGUUUUCUCUGUGGCUGACGGAAAUUGCACAGUCUGCAUGUGCCUGGCCGGCAAUGUGUCCUGCAUCUCCCCUGAGUGCCCUCCAGGCCCCUGCCCCAGCCCUGCCCAGGCCAACUGCUGCUCCUGCCAGCCAGCCAUGUGCGAUUUCCAUGGGCGCACAUACAUGCACGGAGCCGAGUUCAGCUUGGACGGAGACAACUGCACCACCUGCAUCUGCCGGAGUGGCGAGGUGGAGUGCUCCUUCGCCCCCUGUUCCGAGCUGGCAUGUCCCCGGCAAGACUGGCUGCUGGCCCCGGGGCAGUGCUGCUUCUCCUGCCGGGAGCCUGCACCAGUGUCAGGUUGCUUCGUGGAUGACAAUGGAGUAGAAUUUCCGAUCGGACAGAUCUGGUCUCCGGGUGAUCCCUGUGAGUUAUGCAUCUGCCAGGCAGAUGGCUUGGUGAGCUGCAAGAGGACAGACUGUUUGGAGACAUGUCCUCACCCCAUUCAAAUCCCCGGCCAGUGCUGCCCAGACUGCUCAGCAGGCUGCACCUACAUGGGAAGGAUCUUCUACAACAAUGAAACCUUCCCCUCCGCUCUAGAUCCCUGCCUCAGCUGCAUCUGCCUGCUGGGCUCUGUGGCUUGUUCCCCUGUGGACUGUAUCAUCUUCUGUAUGUAUCCGUUCCACCCAGAGGGAGAAUGCUGCCCUGUCUGUUAUGAUUGUAACUACGAAGGCAGGAAGGUGGUGAAUGGACAGACGUUCGUACCGGAGGGUGAGCCCUGCAUUCACUGCACUUGCCAGUUGGGGGAGGUGAGCUGCGAGAGGAGGCCCUGCGCCCGCUCCUGCACUGAGCUGUCGGCACUCCCGGCUGCCUGCUGCCCUGCCUGCCAUGAUGCCCCAGUCCCUCUGGAGGGCAGCCCUGUCCCUGUCCACGCAGAUGAUGCAGAGGCUGGGAAAUCCCCAUCCCGCAAUCCCAGAGAGAACUCCAUGGACCAGCCCAGGGCUAGUGACUGCCGCCUCUGCCCCAGUUCCCCGGCUCCUGCUUCUCCCAGCCCAGAGCGUCAGCUCCUUGCAGGAAGGAACAUGCCCCGCUGGGAUGCUGGGCCCCCUCCAGCUGGGCCCCCUCCAGCUGGGCCAGGGUCCUUGGGAUCCCGUAUGGCUCCCUCGGGGGCUUCUCUGCGCCCCACCAUUCUGAUAGAAACCUCUGGGCCGGUGACUGCAGUUCCAAGCUCCGAUCAGCCCCCUGCACCCACCCCUGCAGGGCCCAGAACUGCCCCCGGACCCUCAUCCCCGGUGCUGGCUUGGUCCCUGCUCCUCAGAAGCAUUCUGCGCUCCCAUCAGAGGGGGUGGAGCCACGCCCCCGUGAGGAAAGCACACCUGGCUGGCCAGCUGCUUAGUGCCCCUCGCCGAGGGGAUGGGGAGCGCCAGGCCCGUUGCAGCAGCAUGAGGAGGAGGAGGAGGAAGCUGGCAGGAGAGAUGAGCUUGAUCGAACGGGAUGGGGGAGGGAAAGGAGGCGUCACGUUGUUCUGAGCGGCAUGUAUGGGAAGAACCACUGCCUCGUCCCCUGUCCGUGCCUCGCCUGCUCCCUCCCUGGAUCCCGCUGGACAGCAGAUGCCUCAGAAGGGGUAACGUGUGGGCGGCUCCGCACCCUGCUGUUGGGGAGGAGGUGCUUUGGCCCUGGCCCGGCUGCCUGAGCAAUCCCAGGAGAUGAGGGGUGCCAUGAUGCUCUGGGAGGACAUGGUGCCUAGCUGAGAUACCGCGACUCAAGAUUUUCCAGGCAUAUGCGAGCUGCCAGCCUCCUUACAACCAAAGUGCGGGAGGAGAUGGGGAAGGGCUGAGAGCAUGCCCAGCUGCCUGCAUCGGGUGGGACGCGCCCACCUGGUCCCAAAGGAUGAUCCCUGUGCAGGGCUCCUGAGAAAGGUGAAUCGCCCCACCCUUUGGGGUGGUCCCUGCCUCAGCCAGGCCCAGGGCCCCUGGAUCCAGCCCUGAGAUCUCCCACCAUUUCUUGCAGACUCAUGUUUAAACCUUAGGGCUGAGGUUUCAAAACUUCCUAAGGAAUUUGAACACCCAGUUCCCAACUGGGCAUCUGGAUCCCCUGGGCUGCUUUGCAGUUCCCACCCUAGAUUCCUUGGCGCUGCUGGGAGGCUUUCCCAAGCUCCCCCUGAUGGACAGGUAUCUGAUUGCCCAUCAGGGCCAGCCUGCCCAUUCUACGAUGAAUAGUAAUAAAGUUUUCCCUACUAAUCCCAGCAUUCCCUGCUGCCACCUACAGCUGGCUCUGGCCAUGGGGACGAGUGCAAAUUGGGUGGGCUCAGCAACCCCAGGGCUGAUACCCUUAAUGGUGGGGUGAUGGCCUGGAGGUGGCAGGUUCUUCCUCUCCUACCACCAUCUCCUCAGCCAGUCCUGGAUUUGGCAAUUCGUGCAGUGGCUGAUCUCAGCA